AGGCAGUGUGUGUGCGCGCGCGGUUGUGUGUGCCAGGCAGCUGCGUGCGUGUGUGCGCGAGAGUUCUGUGCGCGUCCGCUACGGUGCUCGCCGGCUGCUGCCGCUCUGCCGCUCGCUCGCCGCUACCGCUCGCUAUAUAGUCGCCGCCGCCGCCCGAUCGUCUGUGCGCGUGUGCGUGUGCCGUGUGUGCGUGCGAGCGUGGCCGUUGCGCCGGCAGAGCGAAAGAGACGCGAGAACGAGAGAAGGAGCGAAUGAGUGAGACAGAGCGUGGGUGAGCGAGAUAGAGUGAACGCUCGCGCGCCGCCGCCGCCGCCGUCGUCUCAGUGUGUGUGUGUGUGCGUGCGUCGCCGGAGUGACUAUUCGCCGGCCGGCCGCCCUCAGUUACGCGCGCGUAUAGAUAAUAAUAAUAAUAAUAAUAAUAAUAAUAAUAAUAACAAUAAUUAUAAUAUAUUUUUUUUCGAAAAAAAACUAAUAAUUGUAUUAUAUAUUAUUAUCAAUCUGUUGUAAUUAUUUUUUUCUGCUCAUAUUCCUCCUCCUUUUCGGUCGUAACGACAACCGUUGUCUCGCCGUCACUGCCGCCACUGCCAUCACGGGAUGCGAUAAUAUAGAGUUAAUAUAACAAUACUGUUUCCGCCGCCGUCGUCCCGUGUCGCUGUCCGAUCGGUCAACCGCCCGACUGCUGUCGUCCUGGUUUUAUGCGACUAGGCAUAACCCCGUCACUGCCGCCAUCACAGUCGACGUUUCCAUUUUCAGCCAUCACGUGCGUCUCGGUCCGUUCCACGUGCGACGACAACGGUCUACUGCGACGCGUUACAGCUUCGUAAUAAGAUAGCGAUUGCCGAGCGGUGGUGUCGUUGGUAACGGCGACGGCGGCGACGGCGACGGUGGUGGCAACAGCGACUGACUUUUACUCUUGUCCCUACCGGACGGUGACCGUCUUCUGCUGCUGGAGCUGCCGGCCGGUGGUGUUGACGUCGUCGUCGUCGUCGUCAUCGUUGCCAUCGUCGUCAUCGUUGUUUUUGUUGUUGUUGUUGUUGUUGUUGUGCACUUUCGCCACCUCCACCGCCGUCGUAGCUUUCGCCGUCACUUAAUCGGGUCCGUCACACCGACUACUCACACCGCGUGCCGAAGUGAUGCAACAACAAUGCGGUUUUUGCGCCGCGGUGUCCGACCUUUUCCGGAGGAUCAUGUGCUUUAACGGCAGUAGGAGGGGCAGCGAUCAGUCGUACUAUCACGAGCUGGACAACGAUGACCCUCAGAUCGCACUAGUGACUGCUGAUCCCACGAAUGUAUCGGCUCAUUCUCCAGAUGUGAUUUACAUUCGACUCAGAGACGACUCGCCCACGGAUGACCGGUGCAGGAGACGGUCGCGGUUGCUUUCUGAGGGUGAGGUGGUGCUACUCGAGUCGGUAGCCCAUCACGGUAAACGGUUACCCAACGGCCGGUUUCUUACCAUGCACAAGCGUAGGCGGAAAAAGCUCACCACCCGAUCCUUGUCCAACGAGAAUGCGCCGGCGCUAUUGGACGACAUUCACCACGGCCAAGUCCAGUGUGUACUCAAGCACGUCUGGAAAUGGCCGUUCAACGCUUUUGCAUUAGACACAGCUACAGGGGGAAGAUCGCUUCCAGUACUUUGUGUUCAUCUUUUCCAUUGGUAUGGUCUAAUGGAACACUUCAAGUUGGACGUGGUCCAAGUUUGGAAACUCUUUAGUCUCAUAGAAGAAGGGUAUCAUAGCACCAACCCGUAUCACAAUGCCAUCCACGCUACCGACGUGACCCAGGCAAUGCAUUGUUUCCUGCAAGAAGACAAGAUAAAGAACUUCUUGACACCGCUUGAAAUCAUGGCAUCCCUUAUAGCAGCUGUUGCUCACGAUCUUGACCAUCCCGGUGUUAAUCAACCGUUUCUUAUUGCGACCAGUAAUCACUUGGCCACUUUAUACGAGAACACUUCGGUACUUGAGAAUCACCACUGGAGGUCGGCGAUUGGCUGUCUGCUCGAAAGCCACGUAGCUGAGAAACUAAGUCCAAUAAGACAAGACCUUGAGUCUCAAAUAAGUUCACUGAUUUUGGCCACUGAUAUUACGAGGCAACCAGAAUUUUUAAAGAAAUUUAAUAACUAUCUGGAAAAUGACGAGUUGGACAUGAAGGACCCGGAGUUGCGGCACUUUAUAUUACAGAUAGCACUUAAGUGUGCUGACAUAUCGAACCCAUGCAGGCCGUGGGACGUGAGUCGCAAAUGGAGUCUGAAGGUGUGCGACGAAUUUUUCAGGCAGGGCGAUUACGAAAGGCAGUUGGGAUUGCCAGUCACUGAUAUCUGUGAUCGAUACAACAAUACGGUGCCAAAAAUUCAAACCGUAUUCUUCAAGUUCAUGGUAUUGCCGCUGUUCAAUCUGUGGCACAAGUUUUUGGACACCAAGUUAUCGCACUCGAUGAUGGAAAACCUGAGAAAGAACCAACAGCAGUGGGAAGAGCUCCGGGAACGCGAGAACUCCGUCGAGCAGCAGCUGAUUGCGGACGCCGACGACAUGAUACUGGAACCGGAAAACGAACCGGAUACGCCACAGCAACAGCAGCAGAGUCGCCGGGGCUCGCUUCCGGCCGUCAUGCUAGAGACCGUGGACAAGAUGGGCCGCCGGCACUCAGUGCCCCUGAAUCUGGCCCGGGUCACCACCGGUCACGCGUUGCCGUGCACGAUAUUGCGCCGGGAGAGUUUGCAGGGCACGGUGCCCUCGACGCUGCUGGUGCAGGCGGAAAACCGGCGGCGGUUCACGCUCGGCCAGAUCCCGUACCUGGAGGAGGAGGAGGAGGGCCUGAGCAUGUCGGUGGGCUCGUCGAGGAGCAGCGGGCUGCAGCGGUCGUCGGACGGCGGCGGUUGCGGCGGCGGCAGCAGUAACAUGAGCAACGUGGACGACCGGCCGGUGAGCGCCGAGAACCUGAUACCCGAACCGAGCAUAGCGACCAUUACGAACACGGCCGACGCCAGCCGACUGUGCAACGUCAUACACGGUGUCACGUCGCCGGUGCUCGGGUACCAGGCCGGAAGCUCCAGGGGCCUGACCAGGCAGCAGACGUUCCCGCCCAUCCAGCCGUACGUCCGCGCCCGGUACCUGUCCACUGGUGGCGACACCGCGGCGCCGUGUUCGUCGUCCAGCGGCGGCACGUCGGCCGUGUCCACGGCGUCCAGCCGGACCGGUUCGACCAGCAGCGAAGGCUGUCAGUCGGCCGGCGGUGGCGGUAGCCCCGGCCCCGGCGGAAACGGCACGAAACGCGACUUGAUCCUGGACACGGACCGGGCGUUUAAGUUGGCCAGGUUUUCGUCCAACAAGGAGAAGGAAAACGUCGAUCCGGCAGCUAGGACCAACGCGGAAAUCAGGCGAAACAGCAAUCACGUGAACCAGAUUUUGACGAGACGCCGAGGUUCAGCACCGGUCGGCGCUGGAAACGGUGAUGGUACUGGGCACAUAGCAGCUAGUAAAGGCCAAGAAGCAACUAUUCCCAGACGCGGGUCUGUGCCGUCAGAUUUUUCCAAACAGAGUGCCCUUUUUAAGGUGGUGGCCACAGGGCCACUAAGCACAAAUAGCCGGAAGCAAGGCGCGAGACGUUCGUCGCUACCGUAUGAUUCCAAUAUUGGAUUAUCGAGCUCGCCUCUUGUUUCUCCUUCCCGGCCAGAGAGAAGAGGUUCAGACGGAAGCCGGCCAGGUAGCCGAAGACGUCGCAGAAAGUCAAUGAAGCGACGGAGCUCUGGUGGACCGGACGUAUUGCUGUCCACCGGCCAGUCGAUGGAUUCGUUCUUGGCGCACCGCCGCGGUUCCUUGCCCGUCGAAAUACUUGCCACGUCCUUCUCGGGGCCGCAUUGAGAAAAUUGAUCAUCAAAUUUUCGCAUCGUAGACUGACAAAAUUAUAUUUGGACGAUAAAUAUGCAAGUCGGCGGUUGCGAUGAUAUUUGCACGAAAUCCUCAAUACAUUGUAUUAUUACCCACAUAAUACACUAAUUGUUGACAAACGGAGCGUAAAUAUUUUAUGGUCUUCCUAGCGCAGUAUUCUUAAACAAAAAAACAAAAAAAAAACAAAAAAAAACAAUAAUGGAAUCUAUUAAUUUAUUUAUUUUCAUUGACCAAAUCUCGACGCUUAUGGUUCGUUUUUGAUUUUCGGUAACUAUAAGCUUAACACUUCUAAAAAUCAAUAUUAAAUGUAAAUAUAAAACAUAUUCAUCUAUUGAUACAAAUCAUAUAUAUAUAUAUAUAUAUAUAUAUUAUAUAAUCUAUAUAUUAUAUUAUGUAUGAUCACUUUACAGUUUAUUUUAAACAGUUUUUCACUUAUUUCUAACUGUGUAUAUGUGGUACAUAUCAUGCAUUUGUGUUGACCAUCUUUGCCUUUUUUACAACUAUUAUUAUUAGUCUAAGCUUAAUAUGGCACACCGCAUGCCGCCUACGCGUGCGAACUUAUGUCGCUCAGUUCGCCCUACGAUAACAUUCUGCAGGGUCUGUUGCAUAUUUUAAUCGUUCGGGCCUUAAUCCAUUCACAUAAGACAUGUUGUGUUUGGUGCUCCGCUCUAUAAUUAUACAUGUCAAGUCCGAUUUACUUGGGAAAGAAAUAUUUACAAAAUAUAAAAUAUGCUUCCACAAUACGAUACAUGAAAAUAAAAUAUGAUUUCGAGUCAUUCGAAUUCGAUCGACUGCGUUAAACUAUGUGUGGUCCACAGUAAACAUAGGAUCAUCUGUGUAGAUUACAAUUAUUGAAUGACAUCAAGUACAUUAUGCUGUUCAAAUGUAGUAUAUAUUUUCUUCCUUUUUCUUCUUCUUCUUCUUCUUCUUCUUCUUAUUUUUAUUAUAAUUAUUGUUAUUAUUUUUUUUUUUUUUUUUAAUAAGUAUAACGAAAAAUCACUGCCAUUAUACUGAUAUUCUUCAUUAUAAUACUACAAUUUUUGCGAAUUGCGUUAUGCUUUAAUUUGAUUGUUAAUUUUGAGUUACUAAUUUAGAUAAUCAUUUUAUUAAGUUUUUCUUUGGUUAAAAUAAUCCUCUUUGAUUGAAGUUUAUUUCUCUGUUUUAAGUGCCAAAUAUGAGAUAGUGUUUAAACAAUAACUUCCGUAUUUUUAAAAUCCCUUUAUAGGUACAAUAACUUUAAAAAUUGAACAAAACUAUGCUGGAACUUGUGUCUUAAUCAAAAAAUAUAGUUUCUCUCUAGUUUAACUCAAUAAGGUUUUUAUUAGUAUUUUAAUAACUCUACUAUCGACGAAUCUCUUUGGUCGUAUCUACUUAACAACAAAAACUAACCGUUGCUUAAAAUUCUUCCAUUCGUGUAUAUAUAUAUAUAUAUAUAUAUAUAUAUAUAUAUAUAUAUAUAAAUAUAUUAUAUAUAUAUUCAUAUAAUAAUCAAGUCUAAAAAAUAUAUAAUAAUGAUCUGCUCCAUUUCACGGAAAAAUGAUGUAAAAUAUUAUUCACUCGGACGUGUUUAUUUAUUUAUAAUAUUAAUUAAAAAAUAAUUAAAACAACUGAACUAUUAUUAAUUUAAUUCAUAAAAUUAUUAUAUGGAAAAUUAUGUACCUAAUAUAAUCUUGAUGUACAUUGUUUAUUCUAAACAGAAAUAAGUAUACACUUACACGUUAUAAUAUGUUCUUCAUUUAUUAAAACCUUAUUCAACAGAUGACGUUGAUAGUUUUAUUUGUAGAAUGAUUUUAUUUUAUUAUGAUAAUAACCUUUUUUUUUUCGUAAGUAUUUUCAAUACAAUGAAAAAUAUCAUUAUCAUUAUCAUUAUUAUUAUUUUGCUAAUUAAAAGCUUAAUUUAGAUGCUAAACAAUUGGCUAAAUUCGACAUGCGCUUUUUUUGCUAACUACUGGGGAUUUUAAACACGGAAAAUCAGUAAUACUUCUAUAUACCUAAGCGUGUAACUUAAUCUCAAUAUUUUGUAUGAUAAUAAUAAUGAUAAUAAUUAUGUCUUUAAAACGCACAUCACACAUUUUGUUUUUAAAACUAAUAUUUUUUUUUAUCGUUGUAUAACAGUUAUUUUUAUUAUUGUCAUUGUUUAAUGUUUAUGUUGUCGGUUAAUAUAUAGGUGAAUGUAUUUUGUGUUGAUUUGUUUUUCGUUUGUCAAUUUCUGGUAAUUUUUUUUCUUUUUUCUUUUGAAUAGGUACCUCUAAUUUGAUUGUAUAAUUACUCCUGUCCUAAUAAAGUUAUACAUACGUUAUUUAUAUUAUACUUAAUCAUAAUAUUACACACUGUAAAAUAAUAUUGUGAUUGUCAAACAAAUACAUUUUUUUUUCUUUUAUUUUUAACGAACAUCAGUAUCUAUACAUUAUUAAUGUUAUUAUUAUUAUUAUUAUUGUACCAAAGUGAUUACACUGCGGUUAUUAAGAAAUAUAAUAUUAUAAUCUUCCCAAUACUGUUUCCAAGAAAAUGUGUGACAAUUAAAAAAUAGCGUACCUAUUAUGAUGAAAUAGAAUUUUCAUUAUUGAAUAAUAUUGUAUUGUAUGUUCUAAAACGUAAUGAUUUCUAUAAUAAAAGUAUAUCGUUAAUGCCAAUA